AUGCCCACCGAGAACAUGGCUGAAAAACGAACCCUCAGAGAAGACAAUAUGGAGAUGUCAUCCGACAGCCAAAACCCAGACCUAGCAUGUGGAGGAAAAAGCUCAAAUCAACAGGGAACUUCCGCAACCUCCACCAAUUCUGUCUCUUCAACCUCAAGCAGAAGCUCAUCCUUCACGCGAGAGCAAUGGGUACGAAUCGAAUCAUCACUUCCAGAUAUCGAUGAGCCAUUCUAUGAGCAAUUCCGAGCUUUCAAGGAAGAAUGGACAGCGAAAAUAAAGGAAAUGUAUCCUUCGACCGCGGAAAUUGCAAUUGCAAUUGCAAAUGCAAAACUUCAAAGAAUUUUAGAGGAACUCCGUGCUGGUGAAAAGGCUGCAAACCUUGCAAGACUUGCAGAAUUUUCGGAUACUCGCGAAACGGAGGUUCCGAAAGUUUGA